AUGCCGGGCUUCAAACUUCAGAAAGGUGACAAAGUAAAAAUAGAAAUACCUAAACGCGACCCAUAUGAAAAUACUAUUGACUAUGACAACAAUGGGAACCCGACAGGUACUCACAUUCGUGUUCGUAAAAAUAGAAGAAAGUAUACAAGAGAAUAUUAUGAAGUUUUAGGCAAACAUGGCAAAAUGUACACACUGCAAGCAGAAGAUAAAACUACUAUUGCCAGACCUCGUUUCAAACUUGUCAAAGUUCAAGGUGGUAUACUUUCAAAGACAGUUCCUAACAAAUAUAAGACAACUCCUGACGAAUAUGCUAAAGAAGUUGAAAAUGACGACUAA